AUGAUGGAUUGCAAGCAGCCCGGCCUGAGGGAGCUUCCUCCGCCUCCGUCAAGGAAGCUCGAAAUGGUCGUCAUCUCGAAUCAGACUUUUCGCAGCAGUGUGUUAAGUUCUCUAACCUUGAAACCCUACUGGUCUCCUGAGUUCGGCGGCGAAGUGCGACUGAAAUUGCUCAAGAUACGCUACUGCAACAUAGCCAGCCUGACACGCGGCGCCUUCAGCAACCUGGGUCUCCAGUUGGAGGAGUUAGACCUCAGUGGCAAUCCGUUGAAAACAAUCGAUGCUUUCGUUUUCAGUGGACUUAAAUUGAAAAGUCUCUUUCUGAACAACCUCCCCAGACCAGUAAUAGAUGAUAAUGCUUUUUCUGGGGUUCUGGAGGUGAAUAGCCUCAGCCUGCAAAAUUCGCGCCUCACUCAGCUGUCGUAUCCUGCUCUACUUCAGUUGACUCAGUCAAACUUCCUUAAAAACCUUUUUCUCCAUGGUAACCAACUCUCCAAAGUCGAGGCUUCAUUUGAGCACAUAUUUCGGACGUUGCAGAGUUUUGAACUGACAGGAAAUCCCUGGCACUGCGACUGCAAUCUACUCUGGCUAAUUCAAAUCUACCGACUGAGUCGUAUCAAUGGAGCCCAGAUGUCGAGGGUUCACCAGCAACCUGCCUGCUUCGGUCCUGAUGAUUUCACUAAUUUCUCCUUUGACCAGAUCGCACUGAACGACAGUGAGCUUUAUGCGGAGCCCUAUUUCACAGGCAGUCCUCGGCCACUGCUCAUAUGUGAAGUGCCGCGUCUGGAACACCUGGAGGUGGACCUACGCCAAUUCGUGGCCGACCCUAAGAACAGCCAGGCUGUUCUGGGAUGUCUGAUACGCGGUACACCAGAAGUACAAAUCAGCUGGACUCAUCAUCUUGCCACGGGCCAAUCAAGAAAUGUCACUUCACAGGCCGCACUAGCUGCCACCCCUGCUGUCAGUUCUGAGCGACAGGCUUUCGAAUUUUCUCGAGGCAGGGCUCCUGUUUCACGGUGGAGCAGUUCACUGACUGUGAGCCGCUUCAACGCGUCCGACGUAUACUCCUGCACAGGAACUAACCUCCUCGGAAAUGUCUCUGCCACAAUUCGAGUUCUUUGGCCAAAAGGAGCGAAUGCCCCCGCUGUUGUGAAAGGAGCGAAAGAAACGGAGACAGAAGACCCCCUGGGUACGAGGCGGUCUUCAUUUGGCCUUAAUCAUCAGCUGCCCUACGACCAGUACAACGUUUUGGCCAAACGAUUUAGCCUGAUGGACGUAAUCGGUGCUGUGGUGGGCACCUUCCUGGUCACUAUGCUGCUUUUCGUCCUGGCUUAUAGAUCUUCCAGGCUAUACAGCUAUCACAAGUCCAAGUGUAGGGGGCAUAUGAUGCUUACUGGUCUGACAGGCCAGGAGGCCUCCAAACAUUCCCCUGGAGGUACCUCCUCUUCCGGUAUGGCUUCCUCCCUGCUCCGAUUCUCUCAUCCACCGGUAGAGCAGCCGACCAAAGCCCCAACCUUCUUCGACUUUUCGGAGCAGACAGUUCAGACGAGUACCUGCACGGCUCCACCUCCAACUCAUCAAUCGCCUGUGAUGAGGGGCGUCUACAAAAGCGCUGGCCUUGAUGAACAGACAGGCAAGAAUCAACAGGGUCAACGGCAACAGCAGCAGCAGCAACCGACGGUUGCACUCGCCAAACAACAUGACUCAGGUACCUAUAAUUCUCACUCCACUGUCUCCUCCGCCACAGCUAACGGCCAAGGCGCCUACGAGACAGUUUACAACGAGCCGAACCAGAUCAUGUACGAGACUCCGAACGAUGGUCUUACUGGGCAGAACCAGUCCUUCCUCUAUCAACUCGGUGGUCAUUUGAAUAUGCAGGGCUAUCCCGUCCUCCUGAGCGGUACUCUACCUCGCGGUCCGGCUGGGGCAUUUACACAGGUGCCUUUCUCUCUGCCGCCAUCCCAAUACCCUACCUACAUUCCCCCACCACCCUCAAUACAACAGCCGACCCUGCCAGGCACUUCUGCGCUGCCUCGAAUACCACCGGGGUCCUCCGUUGCGAAUGGCAUGACGAUGCCGUCUGGGCAGGGGUACACGCAUUCAGCUAACUUCCCUGCCACAGCCCGGAGUUCCGUGGUCCUGAUCAACACCUCUACUGGCGUCCCAGCUCAUAAUAGAAUCACCUGA